AUAAUAAGGGCCCGAUAAUGAAUCACUAACAGAAGGACUAGAAGAAUAAAAACCCUAGCCCAAACUUCCGUUUUGAUUCUAGGCUAGGGUUUCUUUGCUCUUAGCAAUUAGCAGGCAAUACAGAAUCAGAGGUGAAGCAGCUAAGCUUGGAAUUCUUCCAUCAUGGGUCGUAUGCACAGCCGAGGUAAGGGGAUUUCUGCAUCUGCCCUGCCUUACAAGAGGACUCCACCUAGUUGGUUGAAGAUCUCCUCUCAAGAUGUUGAGGAUAAUAUUUGCAAGUUUGCAAAGAAGGGUUUGACCCCAUCUCAAAUUGGUGUCAUUCUCCGAGAUUCUCAUGGGAUUGCUCAGGUGAAGAGUGUUACUGGCAGCAAGAUUUUGCGGAUACUGAAAGCCCAUGGUCUUGCUCCUGAAAUACCUGAGGAUCUGUACCACCUGAUUAAGAAAGCCGUUGCCAUCAGAAAGCAUCUUGAGAGGAACCGAAAAGACAAGGAUUCGAAGUUUAGGUUGAUCUUGGUUGAGAGCAGGAUCCACCGACUCGCCCGCUAUUACAAGAAGACAAAGAAGCUGCCACCAGUGUGGAAAUACGAGUCUACCACUGCCAGCACUCUUGUGGCCUAGAUAAAUCAAAUUUUGAACUGUCCUCCCGUGCUUCAAUUGACAUUCUUCCGGAUGGGCUAGCAGGAGUUGGACUUUUUGUAUUACAUUCUAUUAAUGCCGUAAAAGAACUAGUCCACUUAAUUUGAAGUUGAGAUACUUAAUGUGUUAAAUCUUAUGUUUAGUAUAUUGGAAUAAUUCAUUUUCAUUUCAUUUUUUCA